AUGGCCCCGAAUGUCUGGCACAAUUCCAUCAGACGGUUUGGAAACCCUGUAACCUCGGAGAAGGAGUCCUGGUGGAAUCAGAUCGAUUCCGACGGUGGUAUUGCGGAAGCUGUGAAAGUCACAGGCCAGCUCACGUCGCCUGCCUGGAAUCGGAAUUUGGUCCGCCCAUUUGCAUCUAAACCCGAAAUGACCAUCAGCGAACUUAUCUCUCCCGAAGGACCUCCGAAGAGCCUUCGAGACUGUGGACAUCUGGUUGAGGUUCUUUGGCGAGACCAGAAAGAUCCCCAAGACGUUUCGCCAAUUCACUGUACGGCAUGGUGGUCCAACAUCCACAAUGUCUGGAGGGCAGGACGUGGCACAGACCCCAAAUGUCGGGCAAACAAGACGCGACUCAAACUCGUGCACACCAAUGCCAAGAAGGCUCUCGUGGCACUCGAAGUGCACUUGCAACACGUGAACCAACUCAAAGAAGAAUACCUGCGAUCGGAAGCAGAUGGCGACGUUCCCCCUCCACUGUCGGACAGUGAGGACGAAGCUGGCUUCGAGGCAGUCUGGUGGGUAGGAGAUCCUAACCAACUGCCACCCGUCGUCAUGUACAAAGGACGGUGUACCAGCCACAGAAGCGAACAGGAAACGACAACUCAGCAUUCAGGAAACGUCUUAUCAAGGCGUAUAAUCCCGAACCCUCAAGAAUAUGGAAACGCGAUUGCAAACCCGGAUGCUGGGCAACGGAACGCAAUCAGCAUUCCUCUCAGAGCAAUAUCGAAUGAGCUCUGGGAUAUCGGCGCCAUUGAACGAAGCAGCUUAUGA